CUCACUUGUCGCGCGUCUGCUCCUCAUGGAAGGAAUGUUCCGCAUGCGCGUCAGCGCCUUCACGCCCAACUUGCUUCGUGCGGCUUCUCACGGAGUCCUCAAGUCUCACGGAGUCCUCAAGUCCCUGCUGGAGAAACCCAUCACGCACCAUGAAGUGUUCCACAAGGACAAGAAGUUGGAGGAGGACUUCAGCGUCCCUCAGUCGGCCUUCCUGGGCCCCACCUUGUGGGACAAGACUCUGGCCUACGACGGGGACAACUUCCAGAUGGAGUACAUGGACCUGGAGGAGUUCCUGUCCGAGAACGGGAUCCCCGUCGGUCCCCUCAUGGCCCCGCCCUCGCCCCCCGCGGUGGACCUCAGCAACCAAGCCUCCACCUCCGUGACGUCAAACUACCUGCACGGCGGCGGGACAGGUCUGAGCAACACCGUCGACCCAGACUCCAUCCAGGUGGCGGUGAACUACGAGCCCGACCCGGCCGAUCUAGCGCUGUCCAGCGUGCCGGGCCAGGAGGUGUUCGACCCCAGGAGGCGCACGUUUUCCGCGGAGGAGUUGAAGCCUCAGCCGAUGAUGAAGAAAGCUCGCAAGGUCUUCAUUCCCGAAGACUUGAAGCAGGACGACAGGUACUGGGCCCGGCGCAGGAAGAACAACAUGGCGGCCAAGCGUUCCCGCGACGCCAGGCGGCUGAAGGAGAACCAGAUCGCCGUCCGAGCCAGCUUCCUGGAGAAGGAGAACAGCGUCCUGCUGCAGGAAGUGGCCGCCGUGCGGCAGGAAGUGGCCGUCAUGCGCAAAGAGCUCAACAGCGCCAAGAACAUCCUGGUCAAGUACGAGGCGCGGCACGGGACGCUGUGAGCGCUGCUUAUGGCCUUUUACCAACCAACAUGUCUGUUUCCACGGCAACUGUCACUCAGCACUCUUUGAAGUGAGUGGAGCCAAUUAGAGAGCAGCGUGUCUGAACCCGCCCCCCUUCUCACAGACUCCGCCCCCUGCAGCUGCACACGUACUGUACACACGAACGUCUAUGUCAUCUUCCUGCGCUCGUACAAAAAAAUGACAUUUUAAAAUGUCAAAUCUAAAAAAAAAAACCAACAUUUUUUCAAAUCCCUCAUAGUUCGUUGUUGUGUUUGAAGCUCAAGUGGGCUUUGUGUAAAAAUUAGGGAUGGCCGCCGAUAUUUGCCAAAAAAUGCGUAUCGGCAAGGCAUGGGAAAAUGCCGAUCCAGAUCCAGUUUAAAAAAAAAACCCCGGUCCGUGUUUUCCAACGCACAGAUUUAAAUAAUACAUUCCACUUUUCUGCUGCUCCCUAAUUUCCGUUCCGCAUUUUCCAGCACACCUUCAACACAUCCACAGGUCUGUGGAUUCUCACGCAGUUGCUUUUAGCUGCUGGUAGUGAUGGGUUGAUGAGGCGUCAUGAAGCGUUUCGACACAUUGCAAAACUGUAUUGAUACUGUGUCGAUACUGUGUCACUAAAUACUGACAUCUGCUGGACAUUAAAAAUCCCUACAGGCAACCUAUGGACCGACUCAACUGACACUGAUUUGAUGCCCUAGUACAGGGGUCACCAACCUUUUUGAAACCAAAAACUACUUCUUGGGUACUGAUUAAUGCGAAGGGCUACCAGUUUGAUACACACUUCAAUAAAUAAAUAUAUUGUCAUUUGUAAGUUACACGUAAGUGUGAUUUAAACAAGAAUAGCUAAAUAAAUACAUUUAUAUAUAUAAAAAAAUGGGUAUUUCUGUCUGUCAUUCCGUCGUACAUUUUUUUUUCCUUUUACGGAAGGUUUUUUGUAGAGAAUAAAUGAUGAAAAAAACACUUAAUUGAACGGUUUAAAAGAGGAGAAAACAAGAAAAAAUUUAAAAUAAAAUUUAGAAACAUAGUUUAUCUUCAAUUUCGACUCUUUAUAAUUCAAAAUUCAACCGACAAAAAGAAGAGAAAAACUAGCUUAUUUGAAUCUUUUUGAAAAAAAUAAAAAAAAUAAUUUAUGGAACAUCAUUAGUAAUUUUUCCUGAUUAAGAUACAUUUUAGAAUUUUGAUGGCAUGUUUUAAAUUGGUUAAAAUCCAAUCUGCACUUUGUUAGAAUAUUUAACAAAUUGGACCAAGCUAUAUUUCUAACAAAGACAAAUCGGUAUUUCUUCUAGAUU